GACGGCACUGACUGGCAUCACUGCUGGGCACUGACUGGUGGCACUGACUGGCACAACCCCUGGGCACUGACUGGUGGCACUGACUGGCAGCACUGCUGGGCUGCACUGGUGGGUGGCACUGGUGGGCAGCACUGGUGGGUGGGCACAGGUGGGUGGGCACAGGUGGGUGGCACUGGUGAGCACAGGUGGGUGGGCACAGGUGGGUGGCACUUCUGGGCACAGGUAGAGUGGCACAGGUGGGUGCACUGCUGGGCACAGGUGGGUGCAGUGCUGGGCACAGGUGGGUGAUCUGCUGGGCACAGGUGGGCG